AUGUUAACUCAGUUAAAACAGUCUCUAGUGCAGGCAAGGAACCGUAUGAAACAAUAUGCGGAUAAGAAUAGAAGUGAGAGAUCUUUUGAAGUUGGGGAUUGGGUUUAUUUGAAGUUGCAGUCGUUUGUUCAAACAUCUCUGCGGGUCAACAAAUAUUCUAAGCUAGGGCCUCGUUACUUUGGUCCCUUCUUAGUAUUGGAGAAAGUGGGUAGUGUUGCCUAUAAGUUGGAUUCGCCGGCAACUUCGCAAAUUCAUCCAGUGUUUCAUGUAUCACUGUUAAAAAAAGCUUAUGGAAACAAUGUACCUGUGUUACCAUUACCAACUGGUCAUCGCUUUGUGUUACAACCAAGAGCUGUGGUGGAUAAGAGAGUGAACCAAAACCCACAAAGUGGAGCGAGCGAGGCGACAAUCAUGCAACAAGCCAUCGAAAAGUGUUGCGAUCUCUACAAAAAGAGGAGUUUUCCACACGUGACGGCAUGGGAAGUUGUGAGAAAUCACCCGAAGUGGGUCCCGGUUGAGUUGGUUGACAUGCGUGGUCCUACGGCUCCAAAAAACGAGGAGGUUCGAAAAGGAUCAAAGACAUCCGAUUCGGGGAACUACACGACUUCCGCAUCGGAUAACUUGCCCCAAAUGAACUUAAACGACUACCCCCUUGACGAACCCGAUCAACCCGUUGACGACCCCGUUGAAGAAGAUACACCCACAAGGCCACGACGCAAGAAAAGUGGUGAAUCGUCAAGCAAAGGAAAGGAAGCGGUGGCGGAGUCGAUCUUUAGAAUCGAAGAGGAGAAAAUGACGCGAUACCAGAAGGCCGAAGAAAGAAAAGAUAAAAUUAUGUCCGUAAAAAUUGAACGCGAGCAGGCCUACAUGGGACACUUGAAAACGGUUGAAAGACAAAAUGAUUGA